GGGUGCGCGCCGCCGCCACUGCUGCUGGACGGCAGGGCGCCGCCCCGUCCCUCCCCGCCCCGCCAGGUGAGGCCGGCGGCAGGCUGGCAGCGCCCCCAGCUGCGGCGCGGUGGGCGAGCGAGACGCGUCGCGCGGGACGCCGAGGCGCUGCCUAUGCUUUCGCGGGCCCGGUGGGAGGUCUGUAGUGGGGAGUGAGGGGAAGCGUCGUGCCGCGGCCUCUUGGGAGCCUGUCUGCUCUGUGUGCUUGCCUGCGGCUUGCGAGCACCGGCUGCAGCCUCCUCGGAGCGGUCCCGCUCCUGGCUGCAACCGUGCGUUGACCUGUGGCAGCGACGUGGCAGACGGCGGUCAGCAAAGCCAGAGGGCAUUGACAGCGAGACGGCAGAAUGAAGACCAAGUGCUGUAGUCGAUUUGUGUUUUGCUCCAAGACAACCACCUAUACCUUUUUGCUUGGUGGAGUGUUUGUUGCGUUGGGAUCAAGUCGAAUCCUUCUGAUGAAGUAUUCUGCCAAUGAAGAUAACAAGUAUGAUUACCUUCCUACAACAGUGAACAUAUGUUCUGAAGUAGUCAAACUGGUCCUGUGUGUGAUAUUGGCACUAUGGGUUAAGAAAAAAGAAGGUUGUUUGGAUCAUACCUUUGCAUGUCUUUCCUGGAAGAAUUUUUGUAAUUCCAUGAAAUGGUCAAUUCCUGCUUUUCUUUACUUUUUGGAUAACUUGAUUGUCUUCUAUGUCCUGUCCUACCUCCAACCAGCAAUGGCUGUGCUCUUCUCAAAUUUUGUCAUUAUAACAACAGCUCUUCUCUUCAGGAUAGUGCUAAAGCGAAAACUCUCUUGGGUACAAUGGGCAUCUCUGGUGAUUUUGUUCUUGUCCAUCGUUGCCCUGACUCUAGGAACUGGAGGGCAUCAGCAAAGCUUGGCUGCACAUGGAUUCCAUCACAGUAUGUUUUUUAGUCCAUCUAACCACUGCCUUCUCUAUUCUGGACCUGAGGAAGCAUGCCUGGAAAAAGGCAACUGCGUAGAACCAAGUUUCCUUCCCAGCUUCCAGUGGAACAUCACCAGUACCAUGGCAGGAGCAUUGAAACCUCUCCGCCUCAGCCUGGGCCAUCUGCUUAUUCUAGUGCAAUGUUUCAUUUCUGCCCUGGCUAACAUCUACAACGAAAAGAUCUUGAAAGAUGGGGACCAACUUGCUGAAAGUAUCUUCACACAGAACAGCAAACUCUAUGCCUUUGGGGUGCUGUUCAAUGGGCUUAUGGUGGGGCUGCGGGAUAAGGACCGGAGGCUGAUAGGGAAUUGUGGCUUCUUUUAUGGGCACAACGUCUUCUCGGUGGCUCUCAUAUUUGUCACAGCUUUCCUGGGGUUAUCCGUAGCCUUCAUCUUGAAGUUUCGAGACAAUAUGUUCCACGUUAUGACUGCUCAGAUCACCACUGUCAUCAUCACCACCGUCUCUUUUGUCAUCUUUGACUUCAGGCCUUCUCUUGAGUUCUUUUUGGAAGCCCCCGUAGUGCUUCUCUCCAUAUUCAUCUAUAAUGCCAGUAAAACAAGAGGCCUGGAAUAUGCCACACUGCGGGAAAGGGGCAAACUCAUCAAAGGAGAUGCAUGGGAGAGGUCAAGUGGGGAUGGAGAGGAAUUUGAGAGACUGAACAAACCAAGCAGUGACAUUGAUACAGAUGAAGAUUCCCUCUAGCAUGAGGCUGGCUCAGAGGAGUGCUAUUACUCAUAGUGAGAGAAUGUUAAUGUUUUAUUAAUGUAGAGAAGGGUCAUUUUUCUCUACUUUUUCUCUACAAGAGAAAUUGAUACCAUUUGGGACUGAACAUCAGAGGUGUAUGAGGAAAACAUUCAAGCCAUAAAUAUAUGGAGACUUGUAUUCCCUCUUCCUAUCCACAUAAAUGAGGAAUUCAGAAUCUACUAAGAGAAACAAAAUUUGUAACUGAUGCAAACAAGAAAGCUGGGACCCUGGACUCAUUGGCAGGACUCACUUGUGUUAUGUUAUGGAAGGCAGUCCUGAACUCUAACCAUGUGUAUUUCAUCGCUUUGUUUGACUGUCCUGAGUCACUGCAACUUCCUGUAUGAAUUGCGUGGUUAACAAAGCAGAGAUAAAACUGUUCUCUGCCUUGCAGAACUGAUAUGAGUGUUGAAUAACAUUUCUGCUGCAUCUUCCAAUGUACAAAUGCUCCAGGAAAUUUUCUUUUGAGCGUAUUGAAUGUUUUACUGUAUUUUGGCAAUUCAGGUUGACAUAUCCCUAGCUGAGUAAAGGAGUCUCUCAGAAUCAACCUCAUCAAACUUUAACUUGAGAAUGUCUGGUAAAUAAUUUUGGUUUAAGGGCACGUUGAUCCGUCAAAUGAGCGGAUCUCUGGUGUGUGAUUUGAGUUUGAGUGGUCUUAAUUCUGUCUUCAUUCCUGUUUUUACAUCAGUGUAACUGUGUACUGACUCCCGUGGAGUCCUUUCUUUGCAAUUUUCUGUGAUGUAACUGAGAGCAGAAGAGAUUUCACUGACUUCAGCCACUAGUUCUCCUCACAUUUUCACUGUGAGACUUGUGUGCCUGUUUCCCAGUGUCUGGGGAAAUGGAAAUCUGGAAUGCCUUUGUAGAGAUAGUGAAUUUUACAUGUAAUUUAUGUGGCCUAACUUUGAAAGAGCUUGAAUAAAUGUGUUAUGCAGUA